AUGGCUCCUCUGUGGCCCUUCGUCCUGGCAGCUGCCUCGGGAAUCCUGGCCAUAGAUACACCUCAUUCCAGGAGUCCUGCUCUGCAUCAUCUCACCAAGCAGCUAUUACAGACAUAUCGGAAGGAAGUAAGGCCAGUUCACAACUGGACCCAGGCCACCACUGUAUACUUGGACGUGUCUGUUCACGCCGUGCUGGACGUGGAUACACAGAAUCAAAAAUUAAAGACAAGCAUAUGGUAUCGUGAGGUUUGGGAUGAUGAGUUUUUAUCCUGGAACUCCAGCAUGUUUGAUGAGAUUAGAGAGAUCUCUCUACCUCUAAGUGCCAUCUGGGCCCCUGAUAUCAUCAUAAAUGAGUAUGUGGACAUUGAAAGAUCACCUGACCUUCCCUAUGUCUAUGUGAACUCAUCUGGGACCAUUAAACACUCCAAGCCCAUCCAGGUGGUCUCUGCAUGCAAUUUGGAGACAUAUGCUUUUCCAUUUGAUGUCCAGAAUUGCAGCCUAACCUUCAGUAGCAUUCUGCACACAGUGGAAGAUGUAGACCUGGCCUUCCUGAGAAGCACAGAAGAUAUUACACAUGACCAAAAGGCAUUUCUGAAUGACAGUGAGUGGGAACUUCUUUCUGUGUCCUCAACCUACAGUAUCCUGCAGAACAGUGCUGGAGAUUUUGCACAGAUUCAGUUCAAUGUGGUGAUUCGCAGGCACCCUCUGGUCUACGUGGUGAGCCUGCUUAUCCCCAGCAUCUUCCUGAUGCUCGUGGACCUGGGCAGCUUCUACCUCCCGCCCACCUGCCAAGCCAGGAUUCUGUUCAAGACCAGCGUGCUGGUGGGCUACACCGUCUUCAGGGUCAACAUGUCUGACGAGGUGCCAAGGAGUGCAGGGAGCACCCCUCUGAUUGGGGUCUUCUUCACGGUCUGCAUGGCCUUCUUGGUUCUCAGCUUAUCCAAGUCCAUCCUGCUGGUCAAAUUCCUCUACAAUGAGCGGUGCAGCCAGCAGGAGCAGACCCUCCUGUGUCUUCGAGGGGACACAGAUACCAACCAGCCUCAAAUGGAUCCCGGGGCCCCGCUUGCUGGGGUGACAGAGUCCCCCGUCUGUCAAGAGGACCAGGCCCCAUCAGGGACCCUGAAGGAAGUCUGGCCCCAGCUUCGAUCCAUCAGCAGCUACUUCCAAACCCAGGACCAGGUGGACCGACAGGAGCUUGGGUGGCUGGCCCUCCUGGAACGCUUUGACCGCCUGCUCUUCCAAAGCUACCUUGUCGUGCUGGGGCUCUAUGCCGUCACCCUAUGCUCCCUCUGGGUGUCAUGGAGCGGCUAGGAAGACCCAGGGUUGCUAGUGUCCAUCCAUGGGCUCUCCUGGCACUUGGGGAAGGCUGAACAUUUUUUCAGGAGAUAUUGGAAGGAGAGGAAUGGUGAGUUAAAAAGCUCUCCAGCCCGUUUCUUCUUUUCACUUACCCCAGAACACACAUCAUCUAAUGUGCUAUUGAAUGACCCAGGAGUAAUACGCUCAUGAUGAAAAUGCAUAAACAGCGUGAGGUAUCCAGGGAAAAGUAAGCCUCCCUUCUUACCCAGUUCACUCCCCAGAAGGUACCACCAUUAGAAGCCUCUUUCAGAACGUUUCUAAGCACAUACAAACAUAUGUGUAUGUUUAAACUGGUUUUUAAAAGGUGUUAAGAAUGCAUUCCAUCUCCCAGCCCUGUCCUGGUUACUUAUUCAGUUAGUCAUUCAGCGAAACUUGUAUUGAGUGGCCGUGAAGCCCCAGGCAUUAUGUUAGGCAUACCAGAGAAUACAGAAUAAGUCAAUUUCAGAUCAUUCUUCUUGACUUGCUUCCUGAAGAACCUUGUUCCAACCAGACACAAAGUUCUGUAUCCCGGAGCCAUGUCUGUCUCCUGGAGCUCUGGUUCCCACCAGCCCAGGGGAGUCCAUCUCCCCUGUGCGUUCCUAUUGGAAGGGAUCCAGACCUAGCACAUCUCAUAAACACACACCACGUGUGAGGCGCUGAGCUGGGGGCAGCAAGCUUAAUGCAUGGACCUUGGGAGUUUCCAGGAGUUUAUAAUCCACUAUCCUUGCAUUAGUCUGCUCUAACUGUCAUAGCAAAAUACCACGACCCGUGGGGGCUUAAACAGAUGGAUUUUCUCACACUUCAGGAGGCUAGAAGUCCAAGGUCGAGGUGUUGACAGGGUUAGUGUCUUCUGAGACCUCUUCCUGGGCUUGUAGAUGGUUGCCUUCUCCCUGGGUUCUCAUAUGGUCUUUCUUCUGUGUGUGCACAUAUGUGUCCAACCUUCCUCUUCUUCUAAGGACACCAGUCAUAUUGCAGUGGCCCAUCCUAACGAACUCAUUUAAUCCUAACUACUUCUUUAAAAGCCCCUUUUUUCUAUAUGCAUUCCCAUUUGUGAGGUGCUGGGAAUUAGGACUUCAACACAAAUAUCUGAGUGAGACACAGUUCAGCCCAUAACCCUCACUUGACUGUGGAGACUCUCCAGGUCCAUAAUCCAGAGGGUAUUCUGGCAGGCUAGAGACCCAAGCAAGAAUUGCAGUUGGAGUCCCAAGCUGGGCUUCUAGCAGGAUUCUCUCCACUUCUGGGGAGGUUGCUCUUUCCCUAUAAGGCUUUCAAGUGACUGGAUGAAGCCCACCCACAUUCAGAAGGUUAAUCUGUUUUACUCCAAGUCUACUGGUUUAAGACUUUAAACAUCUAAGAAACACCUUCAAAGAAACAUCAAGAACAAUCUUUGAACAAAUAUCCGUGGCCCAGCUAAGGUGACACUUAAAAUUAGCCACCAGAGUCUCAAUGGCCCCCUAGCUUCCCACCUGUGCCCACAGCCACUUGUCUAGAUAGAAGAGCCCUGAUCACCUUGCACUUGGGUAACUAACCAACUUCCGGUUCAGUCUCCUCAGUAGUCAAUUCUGGAUUGGUGAACCGAUCUUAUGCCAUUUCCUAUGACCUCAUAACCUGAAGACUAAGAUUAGAACUCAAACCUUCCACAGUGUUUGACUUUCUUCAUUUCUCAUUGCUUUCUUCUUCUUUUUUUUAAAAUAAUUUUUAUUAUUUUUUGGCCACAUCACAUGGCAUGUGGGAUCUUUUUCCCGAACUAAGGAUCAAACACAGACCCACUGCAGUGGAUGCAUGGAGUCUUAAUCAUUGGACAGCCAGUCCCUCUUGUUUUCUAUUAGAGUCUUCAAUCUAGCCAAGCCAGCCUGCCUGCCAGCCUCCUCAGGAGAGGGUUUGCUGCCACCGAAGCCUGUACUUCUAGUCUUCUAUUUCAUCCAUCUGUAUGUCCCUGUGUGAAGACGCUGCUCAAACUCCAGCCUCCUUCACCCACCCUUCCCACCUGUGUCCGCUCUUCUCUAACUUUGUUGUUGGCUAAGUCACUUCAGUCGUAUCCGACUCUGUGCGAUCCCAUAGACGGAAGCCCACCAGGCUCCCCAGUCCCUGGGAUCCUCCAGGCAAGAACACUGGAGUGGGUUGCCAUUUCCUUC